AUGCAAUCCACUGAUUUAUUGAGAGAAUUAAAUGCCAAGCUCUUAACUGAGAUUGCUAAACUCAGAAAAAAGUUUGCUGAAAUCAAGAAUGAGAAUGGUAGGCUUAAAAAUGAAAAUGUGAAAUUGAAACAGAUUAUUAAAAAGAAUGCCAGAUAUGAUGCUAAAAAUGUCAAAUACAAAGUCAGAAUCGAGAAAUUGGAGAAAAAUAGUGUAGAUAUUUCAGCCAAAAAUGCUGAACUUAAAGCUGAAUUAGUCAAACUAAGAUAUAAUUUCGAUUUCUUCAAUCUUAUGAAACCUCAGCAAUCACAGCACUUACUAACGUACAAAACUCAUGCUCUGUUGAAGAAGAAGAUAUAUCAUAUGUGCCGAUUUUUGGAAUUAGUCUAA